AUGGUUAACCCCAACCGGUUCGUCCUCUUCCCCAUCCAAUACGAUGACAUCUGGCAGUUCUAUAAGAAGUCUGUGGCAUGCUUCUGGACCGCCGAGGAAGUGGACAUGGCGACCGACUCGCGCGACUUUGAGAAGCUCUCCGAGGACGAGCAGCGGUUCCUCAAGCACGUGCUGGCGUUCUUUGCUGCGUCGGAUGGGAUUGUGGUGGAGAACGCGGCGCUCCGGUUCAUGGGCGAUGUGCAGAUUGCCGAGGCGCGGUGCUUCUACCAGUGCCAGAUCUUCAUGGAGGGCGUGCACUCGGAGGUGUACUCGCUCCUCAUCGACACGCUCAUCAAGGAGCCGAGUGAGCGGACCCGGCUGUUCCAGGCCAUCGACACCAUCCCGUGCGUGCAGAAGAAGGCCGAGUGGGCCAUGACCUGGCUCGACGGCUCGGAGGUGUUUGCCGAGCGGCUGGUGGCCUUUGCCUGCGUCGAGGGCAUCUUCUUCUCCUCCUCCUUUGCCGCCAUCUUCUGGCUCAAGAAGCGCGGCGUCGGCAUGCCCGGCCUCUGCUUCUCCAACGAGCUCAUCUCGCGCGACGAGGGCCUGCACACCGACUUUGCCUGCCUCCUCUACGCUCACCUCAACAACAAGCUCUCCGAGGAGCGCCUCCACGCCAUCGUCACCGAGGCCGUCGACAUCGAGAUCGAGUUUGUGUGCGAGGCCAUCCCGGUCUCGCUCAUCGGCAUGAACUCGGACCUCAUGGCCGACUAUGUCCGCUUCUGCGCGGACCGUCUCCUCGUCGAGCUGGGUGCGUCCAAGCUGUACAACGUCGCAAACCCGUUCAACUGGAUGGAGCUCAUCUCGCUCCAGAGCAAGAACAACUUUUUCGAGCGCCGCGUCUCCGACUACCAGAAGGCCGGCGUCAUGUCGAGCCGCGAGGAGCAGAUCUUCACCCUCGACGCCGACUUUUGAGCAGGCUCCCUCCCCGCACUCUUUCUCAACUCUCUCUUCCGCUUGCCUCCCUCUGUCUCGGCAGGCAGCGCCACUAAAUCCCGACUCUUU